CGCUCCCUCGGCGGAGGCGGGGAAAGAUGGCCCCGCUCGCUGGGGCCGCCCCGCUCCCGGCCCGCCCCGGGCCCGCCCCGGCCACAGUCCGGCCGAGACAUGGAGCAGCAUCUCAGCUUCCGCGGCCGCCGGGCCCUGGUGACCGGGGCCGGCAAAGGGAUCGGCCGCGCCGUGGCCGUGGCGCUGGGCAGGGCCGGGGCCCGCGUGACCGCGCUGAGCCGAACGGCGGCGGACCUGGAGAGCCUGGCGCGGGAGUGCCCGGGCAUCGAGACGCUGUGCGUGGACCUGGCGGACUGGGAGGCUGUGGAGGCGGCGCUGGGCGCGGCGGGGCCGUUCGACCUGCUGGUGAACAACGCGGCCGUGGCGGAGCUGCAGCCGUUCCUGCAGGUGACGCGCUCGGCCCUGCAGCGGUCUCUUGAUGUGAAUUUUGGGGCUGUGCUUCAUGUUUCCCAGAUAGUUGCUCGGCAGAUGAUUGCACAAGGAGUGCCAGGGGCCAUUGUGAAUGUCUCCAGCCAGGCAUCGAAGCGUGCACUGAAGGAUCAUGCUGUUUACUGUUCCACAAAAAGUGCUCUGGAUAUGCUGAGCAAAGUAAUGGCAAUGGAACUGGGACCCCACAAGAUUAGGGUGAACACUGUGAACCCCACCGUGGUUAUGACUGACAUGGGGAGAAUUAACUGGAGUGACCCUCAGAAAUCUGCUGCCAUGAUUAAUCGGAUUCCCCUGGGAAAGUUUGCAGAGGUGGAUGAUGUGGUGAACAGCAUUCUCUUCCUGCUGAGUGACAAGAGUGCUAUGACAACUGGCAGCUCACUGAUGAUUGACGGGGGCUUUCUUGUCUCCUAAGAUGACACCUGCAUUUCACACCUGGCCUCAAUUUUUAUAUUAAUACUGCCUAGAUGUAAACUGGAUAGAAAACAAUGACUCACUUCUUGCUGAAGGGGCAGCAGGGCUGAAGACUGUAUUAGAAGUGAGGCAGAAAAUCAGCUUUGCAAGGCUGCUAUAUAAUAAAGCUCACAUACACCUUCA